UACAUUCUUACUGGAGAAGGGGCAGGAACUAUAUUUAUUAUUGAUGACACGACUGGAGACAUCCACUCAACCAAAAGCCUAGAUCGAGAGCAGAAGACACACUAUGUGCUUCAUGCCCAAGCUAUUGAUAGACGGACAAACAAGCCACUUGAGCCUGAAUCUGAAUUUAUUAUCAAAGUACAGGAUAUCAACGACAAUGCACCAAAAUUUACAGAUGGACCGUACAUUGUUACUGUGCCAGAGAUGUCUGAAAUGGGUACGUCUGUUCUACAGGUGACAGCCACAGAUGCAGAUGACCCUACAUAUGGAAACAGCGCCAGAGUAGUGUACAGUAUUCUUCAGGGACAGCCAUAUUUCUCUGUUGACCCUAAAACAGGAGUCAUCAGGACUGCCUUGCACAACAUGGACAGGGAAGCCAGAGAGCAUUAUUCCGUUGUCAUUCAAGCCAAAGAUAUGGCUGGGCAGGUCGGAGGGCUGUCAGGGUCAACAACUGUAAAUAUCACACUCACUGAUGUCAACGACAAUCCACCCAGGUUUCCUCAGAGUAUGUACAAUUUCAGUGUUCCUGAAUCAGCUCAAGUUGGAUCAGCAGUUGGCAAAAUCAAAGCAAAUGAUGCAGACACCGGUUCAAAUGCAGACAUGAAGUACACAAUUAUAAGUGGUGAUGGCUCUGGGGUGUUUUCCAUAUCUACUGACAAAGAAACAAGGGAAGGAAUUAUUUCCCUGAAGAAGCCACUUAACUAUGAAAAAAAGAAAUCAUAUACACUGAAUAUAGAAGGAGCAAAUACUCACCUUGAUUUCCGCUUUUCGCACUUGGGACCAUUCAAAGAUGUAACAAUGUUGAAGAUCAUUGUUGGCGAUGUGGAUGAACCUCCGCUCUUCACUAUGCCUUCCUAUGUCAUGGAAGUUUAUGAAAAUGCGAAGAUUGGGACUGCUGUUGGUACAGUAACGGCACAAGAUCCUGACGCUGCCAACAGUUUAGUGAGAUAUUUCAUUGAUCAUAACACAGAAGAAGAUAGGUAUUUCACUAUUGAUGCCAGUACUGGGACCAUUAAGACUGCCAAGAUCUUUGACAGAGAGGAGACACCUUGGUACAACAUCACAGUGGCUGCUUCUGAGAUAGACAAUCCUGGGCUAGUGAGCCACGUUCCAGUUGGUGUUAGAAUCCUGGACGUCAAUGACAACCCUCCAGAGCUUGCCAGAGAGUACGAUGUUGUUGUCUGUGAGAAUGCAAAGCCUGGUCAGGUAAUUCAGACUAUCACUGCAACUGACAAAGAUAACUCUGCAAAUGGGGCAAGAUUCCAUUUUUCCCUUGAUGAAGGGCUUUCUGUGAAUCCCAACUUUACUCUAAGGGACAAUGAAGAUAAUACAGCCAGUAUACUGACAAGAAGAAGAAGAUACAGUCGAACCACUCAAGAUACCUAUUACCUCCCGGUUUUGAUUUCUGAUGGUGGAGUGCCCCCUCUCAGCAGCAGCAGUACUCUCACAAUUAGGGUUUGUGCGUGUGAGAGGGAUGGACAAGUGAGAACUUGCCAUGCCGAAGCUUUCCUCUCCUCGACUGGCUUGAGCACAGGAGCUUUAAUCGCAAUACUGCUCUGUGUUGUCAUUCUUCUUGCAAUUGUGGUCCUUUUCAUCACCCUAAGACGUAGCAAGAAGGAGCCCUUAAUCAUUUCAGAAGAAGAUGUCCGGGAAAAUGUUGUGACAUACGAUGAUGAGGGUGGUGGAGAAGAAGACACAGAAGCAUUUGACAUCACAGCACUGCGGAAUCCAUCAGCUGCUGAGGAGCUAAAAUACCGGAGGGAUGUUCGUCCUGAAGUGAAGCCUGUGCCCAGGCAUCAUCCUUCCUUGAGCCUAGACAGUAUAGACGUUCAGGAGUUCAUAAAGCAAAGACUGGCAGAGGCUGAUCUGGACCCCAGCGUGCCCCCAUAUGACUCCCUACAGACAUAUGCCUAUGAGGGUCAUCGAUCAGAAACUGGAUCUAUCAGCUCUCUGGAUUCAGCCACUACACACUCUGACCAGGAUUAUAAUUACCUUGGAGACUGGGGACCCGAGUUCAAGAAGUUAGCUGAACUCUAUGGGGAAAUAGAAUCAGAAAGAACAACUUAG